GGGAAGAGAAAAAACACUUUAAACUAAUUUUAGCAAGUAUUUCUUUUUCGAGAAUACAAAGAAUUUCUCCACUCGUGAGUGAGUCGACACAAUUGUUGGAUUUUUUCUCAUAAAUCAAUCUUCUCCCCACCCUAUUAUCGUCUUUUCAAGUGAUUUGUACUUAAUGUUUCAUUUAUUAUCGACUUUCAAGUUUUUUAUAUUUUCAGGGUUAAAGAUCAACUUUUCAAGUUUAGACAGCAACUUGCUCAAAUGGUUCAUGUGGGGUCAUUUUUAACUAUAAAUAGAAACCCAAAAAUCAAUCAAUCCACAAGAACAACUGAAAAAAGGAAAAGAAAGAAAUCUAUAAAAAAAAAUGGAUUUUCAGACAAUUCAAGUGAUGCCAUGGGAAUAUGUUCUAGCUUCUCAAUCUCUUAAUAACUAUCAAGAGAAUCAUGUUCGUUGGUCUCAGUCUCCAGAUUCUCACACUUUCUCUGUUGAUCUUCCUGGGUUAAGGAAAGAAGAAAUAAAAGUUGAGAUCGAAGAUUCGAUAUACUUAAUCAUACGAACGGAGGCAACCCCUAUGUCGCCUCCGGAUCAGCCUUUGAAGACUUUUAAGAGGAAAUUUCGGUUGCCGGAAUCGAUAGAUAUGAUCGGAAUAUCAGCUGGCUACGAAGAUGGUGUGUUGACUGUGAUUGUACCCAAGAGGAUUAUGACAAGGAGGCUCAUUGAUCCUUCUGAUGUUCCUGAAAGUCUUCAACUUCUUGCUAGAGCUGCUUAAUAACGCGUUACAUUGUUCUUCCUUGUCCCCCACGAGUUCAAUCUUUGUUUAUCUAAACGUCUUUAAAGGAAAACAAAAAAGAAUGUGUAUUUUUUUUUUCUUGGUAUCGAACUAUUAUGUGUAGUUAGUAUAUUAAUCCAAAUCCAAUGUUUAUGUUUAAAUCCUAAUAAAAAAAAUGGUUAUAUGAGAGUGGUUCCAUCUUGGUAUCGAACCAUUAUUUGCCUCUAAAAUAACAUCCAUGGAAAAUUGGAAUUCCUCUACCAUUCCCAUAUCAG